AUGUAUAGAAUAGAACAAGACUCUGUGGGUGUAACUUUCAAUCCUACGCCAAAAAACGAUGUGGCAUACUAUUUAGCAAGGAAAUACCCUAAAGAGCAGGUCGAAGAGCAUAAGCAAGCCGACGGAAAAAUUUAUAUAGAUUCCUUGAACUCAAUAGCAAGUUGGCAAAAAUUGUUAUACAACGAUGUUCACAACCUUUUUAUCCAAGCCCAACAAAUAGCUAAUAAUGAAUUAGCAACUAAUGUUGACGCGUUUCAAAAUAGUUCUCUUCGAUCAACUUUAUGUCAAGUAGCGCGAGAAUAUUCUAGCAUACUGGAAAAUCAUGCAAAAGACCUUAAAAAGCAAUUAGAAGAUGAUGCAUAUAACUCGGAUUUCCAUCAAAUGAUGGAGUUUUUCUCAAUUUGGGAAUUAUGUCGAAUUCUAUUAUUUUCGCCAAGACGUAAAAGCACAGAUCUCGCUUCAGACUUAGUUUACUGGGUAAAUAAAUUUAUACCUCCUAAUGAAUUAACACUUGAAGAAGAACAUCAUCUGGAAACUGUUUUAAAGCCACAAAAUGAGCCACUUUUUCGAGAUCACCUCAUAAAAUUGGUUCUUCGUGGGGAUAUCCGAGCAAAGGAAUUACUAUCUCGUUGUCUUAUAGGAGAUGAAACCAAUCUGUCCGAUCGUGCUAUUGAGUCUGUGCUGCAAGCUAUAAGUAGUAAACCACAAGGUAAAGAUAUCGAAGAAGUUGAUUAUAUCAUCAAGUGGGUUGACUGGCGCGCGGAAUGCAGUAAAUUACAGGAUCAGUUAAAAUUGCCGGACAAGGAAUUACAAUUUAUCCUUAAUGCAAUAUUGGAUAUAUUACGAGGGGAUGAUGCGAUCAUCUUAAAUAAUUGCACUACAUGGGCGGAUUCUUUGGGUUGUUUAUUACUACAUCAUUAUCCAACAACAACUGAUCAUACUGAGCUGCGUGUUGUGUUAGAUAUUUGUUUCCGAGCAAAACCUGUUGAAGACGAGAGAGAUUCUGAAAAAGCUGUAAUUAAGUUUCUUUGUCAAGAGAUUGAUCAGGGACUGAUACAAUGCCAAAAUGUUGAUUUGUGGCUGGCAGCACACUUGUCAGACAUUCUUUCCAAAUUCGCAAAGAUUGAUACAAUUCCUCAAUCGAAAACCAGUUCAGGAGCACCUUUCAUAGACUGGCUUUUGGCGUUUCGAGAAUCCUGUCUACUUGAUUAUGGCGAGCUGUUGGCUGGUCAUUCUACGCUUUGGUCUAUUGCUUUUGAUUAUUUUAAAUAUUGUCCAAAAUAUGGAAUCGAUUACAUUCAACAACUAAUUGUCAAGAUACCGAUGGAUACCGAGACGAAGAUUCAUAAGGUCUUGAAUAUCUGUAAGAAAUACGAUUUGCGUGAAGAGUCAAAAACAAUAUGCAAGAUUGUCGCGCACAAAUUUCUUCGUGAAAAACGUUAUACAUCAUCGUUAUCUUAUUUUGCUAAGGCUAAUGAUAAAUUACAAAUAAAAUUGAUAACGCAUCAGUUCUUGAAUGAUGUUAUCGACACAGGAGAAUUAAAAUAUGAAGAAAUAAUUGAAAGCCUUCCAUUACAAGAAAUUGCAGACACAUCGCUGAAUUUCUUAUCGCAGUAUUGUGAAUUUCAUCAUUUGUUGCAGGAACGAAAUUUCGAAACGGCUAAAAGUUUAUUAAUGAAUCUUAUAAAAUCCCAAGAAUCGCCAAAAUCCUUCUGGCCAGUUUUACUUGUUAAUACACUUCCCUUACUACGGCAAGGAAGCGAAAAAUCCGACGCAAAGUCGGUAUUCACUCGCGAAGAGAUAUUUGAAAUUUUAUGCAUCUUGGAAGAAAUAACAUCGUUUCAUAAAAACAAUCAAGAAUUUGAAAAGUCCAUGCGAUGUAUAAUGAAGUGGCACACGCGUGACAAUGGUUACGAUGAGAUAGAUGAUAAAUUGAAAAUCGUUCGGCUGAGACUUGCUCAUGAUUCUGCUAAAGCUUUUACAGCCAAAAGAAAUCCAAUAUAUAACGAUUUUUUCUAG